AUGGAGCCCCUGGCACGACACAACUCCCCGUCCAUGGAUGCUAACGGCUGCCGCAACGCACACGGCAGCAGUAGACCGAAUAUCGCAGGAAACGAGGAAGUGCCGGUGCGGACCAGACGUGGUGGCCGUCGGGCGCAGCGGCGUGUCACGCAGCAGCUGACUGCGCCCACCACCACCACCACCACCACCACCGCAACCACAAUGGGAACAACGUCAAAGUCGAUGGGGACAGUUGUGGUGCCGGUGCACGGGGAGGCGGCGACGCCGUCUGGAGACUCGCGUCCAGUGAAACGCACGGCUGUGCGGCGACGGGCCAAACCCACCAACAUCACCGUGACAAGGGUGGUGACGGAUGUCUCCCUAGAAGCCCUUCGGGCAAAGCGGAACGGUACGGCGGCGGAUAUUUCCCCCGGCGGCGACGCGCAGACAAUUGAAGAGGUCAGUCGUAUUCUUUUGAUGUACGCAUCACGACAUCCGCAUGGCAGCAAGGUGAACUUUAACGGGCGUCUGGGCUCCUUUCCAACUGACGCCAGUGCAUACAAUGCCCGCUUGGAGAGAAGCGAUCGCGUGGACGAGGCGGAAGGAGGCACAUUGGUAACAGCUGCAGAUGCAUUAGAGAAGAGCAUUGGGACUCUUGUGCGGGAACAGUUGCCAAACGUCAGCGGAGAGUUUCCUGGCACCAGUGACGUUCACGCGUAUGUGAUGUCGCUGGUUCAUUCCGGAAAGCUGGCACCCGAAAGCUUAGAGGUAUUGCAUGCCAUGUUGUCUCACACCUCACGUGGGGGAAGGUUAGACUCAUUUACCGCGCCAAGGCGAGGCAGGCAUGGCAAUCCCAAACUGGGGCUCCCGCCCACAAUGAAAGAUGCACUGCAGACGAUGUCGCAUGCGUUCGCUACAGAUUUUGACUGCCACUCAGAACAACAACAACAUGAAUUGAUAGAAUCGACAGAAGAGUGUUUCUUUGGGUAUGGUAGCUAUGCAUCAUACAAGGAUCCGUCAUACAUGCAAGGCAUAAGCUGCGCUCAGGCCAACGGAAUACCGCUUCAUCACCCCGCAGGUCAACACAGUGUUACAACAGACUGUGAGUGCUCGGGCGAAAGACUCGUGCCGUAUCGGUUUCCAAGCGAGUACGCUACGCAAGACGAACAGGCUUUGCAGCUGUAUACUCACCCUGUGGCAGGAGAUGGCGUAGCAGGGUACGAAGGCUAUGCACACUUCCUAGGGCCGUCAGGGGGGUAUGAGGUUAACAGUAGCAAGAGGGAAGGCACGAAUAGAAAGAACUACGGGGCUGACGACGACGAUGACGACGACGCGGAUGUCACGGCAAUGUUGCAAGAUAUUCGGGAUUUGGCGCAACAGGCGUCGUCACCUCGACACUUGGGUGGCGUCAAUUCCGCGAGUGCGACGGCUGCAGAAGCAUGGAAUGGGUGCUGUGACGAACACCCGGACGACGCCCGCCUCUCCCCCUCGCUACCUGCACCAUGUGUCACGAUCAGCCAAACAGAGCGUGAUUCCUUGCGCUCCUUUCAGCAGGCGUUCAUCGCUCGCAUGCGGGUGACGGGAUCACCAGAGUGGAGGUCCCCUGGUGCGACGUCGCCAACAAACCUGCUGUGUGCCUUGGCGGGUGACAGUGACACGAAUAGGUUUGCGGCGGGGCAGCAGCUUCAGCAGGCACAGCAGCAACAACUGCCACUGUCGCUGCCGCAGCAUCAGGAGCAGGAUGGCGCCGGAGAUGGAAGGUACGCGACUAAUCGCACACUCUUUUCGUACCGCACCGCCUUUUAG